AUGUCCAACCCAACGCUGCACCCUAUCUUCAACCUCUCCCAGCAUAACUCAGAAUUAGUUGCUCGGAAUUUAUCGGCAGCCGGAGGCGAAGCAGCCAUGUCUGCUAUGCGAGCGACUCUCAUGGCUAUCUAUGGCUCGAAAAAGACCUUGAAGCCGCCGUCGUUCAGUGACGAGCACUUGGCACUCGUCGCAGCCGACGUAUCGCCAUCGACGGCAUCGCUCCAAGCCACCGGCGAUUUCGGGCGCGCCGUAGCGGAGGCUGCAUUUGCUACGGCGUGCGGAAGCAUGCUCGCUGGUCAAUCGAGCGAGAGCGACGAGUACGGUGACGUUGCUGUCUUUUUGGGUGACGGUGAAUACGGACCUGGUCACGAGGGAAAGGUUCUGGAGGCGUUGGGACUCGUGCACUGGAAGGAAGGGAUUGAACCAAUACCGCUCGAUCCAUCCACGGGUCUCCCGAAGACGACAUCCGGCACGGGCGAGGCGUUCUCUCAUCUGACGUCUCUCUUGCAACAACUGAAGGACCGCUAUGCGUUCUUGGCCAAAAGUUCGGAGACCCCGGAGAAGGUGUUGUACGUUUUGGUUGGACGUCUUUCGGAUGGCUGGGUUGGUUUAGUCGGCGUUGGAAUCUGGUCGGAUUUGUGA